UCACACGCAGAGAGAGAGAGAGACGCGUGUUAUGUAUAUAUGCAUAUGCAUGGAUAUGUAUGGUGAUAUGUAUGGUGAUAACCGAAAGGAUAACAGUAUCAUGUAAAUAGGCACACGCGUUUAUCAUUACUACGUAGUGAAAGAAUUGUGUUAAUUACAAGAUUUGUAACUAACAACGAGCAGUGUGUUCCAUGCUAUGCUACACAUUUGAUAUCUAGCAAAAAAAAUGUAUCGCUCUAGAAAACUUCAACUUUUAUUGAAAACAAAGUUCCUAACCUCGAGGGUACGUUCGCACAGCGAAACUACGCAGAAUGAAAAGAAAAUCGACAAGAUACUUAUUGCAAAUAGAGGAGAAAUAGCGUGUCGAAUAUCACGGACGGCCAAAAGAUUAGGAAUAAAAACUGUAGCAGUAUACAGCGAUGUUGAGAGAAAUGCGAUGCAUGUGGAUCUUGCCGACGAAGCUUAUUGCAUUGGACCGGCGCAAUCUAGUCAAAGUUAUUUGAGACAAGAUAAAAUAAUAUCUGUUGCCAAACAAGCAAAAUGCCAAGCUAUACAUCCUGGGUAUGGUUUCCUUUCUGAAAAUGUAGAAUUUGCAGAACUUUGUCAAAAAGAAAGCAUUAUCUUUAUUGGACCUCCAGCGAGUGCAAUAAGAGACAUGGGUAUAAAAAGUAAAUCAAAGGAAAUUAUGGCCAAAGCCGGUGUACCGGUCAUACCAGGCUAUCACGGAGAUGAUCAGUCCAAUGAAACUUUAUUAUCAGAAGCGAGAAACAUUGGUUUUCCAUUGAUGAUAAAAGCUAUACGCGGCGGAGGUGGUAAAGGUAUGAGGAUUGUUUUAAAUGAUAAUGAAUUUUUUCAUGCUUUGGAAUCCGCAAGAACCGAGUCACAAAAAGCAUUCGGAGAUUCAGCCGUUCUAUUAGAACGAUAUGUUGACAAGCCAAGGCACGUGGAAGUUCAAAUAUUUGCGGACAAACACGGCGAUGCAGUUUAUUUAUUUGAGAGAGAUUGUUCUAUACAAAGGAGACAUCAAAAAGUUAUCGAAGAAGCACCCGCUCCUGGUAUAUCUAAAGAAUUACAAUUAGAAUUAGGCGAAACGGCUGUCCGUGCUGCAAAGGCUGUAGGUUACGUCGGAGCUGGUACUGUAGAAUUUAUAAUGGACCGAACUAACUACAAUUUCCAUUUUAUGGAAAUGAAUACGCGCCUCCAGGUAGAACAUCCUGUUACAGAAGCAAUUACUGGAUUAGAUCUUGUUGAAUGGCAAUUGAAAGUGGCUGCCGGUGAAGGGCUUCCCCUUAAACAAGAGGAAAUCCAUCUUCGUGGACAUGCUUUUGAAACUAGGAUUUAUGCGGAAACUCCGAGAAAUGAUUUUUUACCUGGUGCAGGAAAUCUGUCCUAUUUGAGAACACCCGAGACAUCAGAGAAUGUUAGAGUCGAAACUGGCGUCAAGGAAAAUGACGAUGUACUCGUUCAUUAUGAUCCGAUGAUAGCAAAAUUGGUCGUUUGGGGAUCCGAUAGAAAUGAAGCACUUAGAAUUCUUAGAUCAAAACUUUGCGAAUACAAUAUAACCGGAAUUGAUACAAAUAUUGAAUUUAUUAAAGAUCUAUGCCUACAUCCAGAUUUUCAAAAUGGAAAAGUUCACACGGGUUUCAUAGCAGAAAAUAAUAAAGAUUUAUUCCCAGAUUUACGGAUUCCUAAUGAAAUAUUAAUUCAGGGUGCCCUUGCAUUAAUCUUAUACGAGGAAAUGAAUGCCUUAAGUAUAUCUUUAAAAACGAAUAAUCCUUUUAGUCCAUUUGCGACAGAAACUGGACUGAGAUUUAAUCACAUUUUAAAUAGAACAUUCAAAUUUGCUAUCGACAAUAAAUGUAUGGAAGUUAGCGUUAAAUAUGUCGAGCCAGAAACAUUUUCUAUGAGAACCAACAAUAUUGGACCAUGGAGGAGAGUGACUGGUACAUUGAAAAAAAGAAAUAAUGCGUUAGAAUUAAAUGCAGAAAUAGAUGGAAUAAUUGGGAGAACGAGAGUUACAAAGCUUGAAAAUACAUUGCACUUAUUUACUAACACGCGAGAGUGGCGAUUAAACAUGGCCAAUCCUAAAUUUUUAUCUGAACUGACGAAAAAUGUACAACUGGAAGAGUCUUCCGCAGUAAUCAGUCCAAUGUCGGGUAUAAUAGAUAAAGUAUUUGUUAAACGUGGUGAUAAAAUUAAACAAGGCGAUGCAUUAGUCGUUAUCGUUGCUAUGAAAAUGGAAUAUGUCAUUAAAGCACCUGCCGACGGAAUUGUCGAAGAUGUUCCCUGCACGGUUGGUGAUAAAGUUUCAAAGGACGAACUAGUCGUCAAACUGUCGGAGUAAACUUCCAAUAUAAGAUAAAAUUAAUAUAUUUUGUUGAAAGAUUUAAUAAAAUAAUUUUUAUCAUUUGCAAUUAAAAAUAAUUAUUAUA